AUGUCGAGAAUAACGCUGACAAAGCGACACAAUAGGUUUGAAUAUACAUUCCCGGGAGAACUCGUGGACAUUUUCCCUCAAGGGGCUUACAACAACAGAAUAGAAGAACUCAAUAAAGAGCUUAAUUCACACCGUCGAUUUUUUGGUCGUAGAUAUUCAACACCGCUCAUUAUAUUACUGAUUGGAAUGGGCCUGGUUGCGUUUGGGAUUGUUGGCGGUUCUAAAUUGAACGAGUCAAUGAGUUCACAAGCGUUCUACUCGGUAUUAAUUGUAUGGGGUGUUAUAAUUAUCUGUGGUGUCAUUGUUUGGAUCUGCAGACGAAAUUCGGAAGUUGACUAUUCGAGGAUAUUGAAUAGCUUUAAUGAUCAAGACAGCGCCACGAACAUUCAAUGGACUUAUGAUGCAGAUCACAAGACAAUCGUAUUAAUUUUAGGCAAUUCAAACCAAAUGUCGGAAUCGACGGUUGUAAAUAUAACGAGUAAUAAUAAUCUUAAUGGCCCCGACAACGUCAACAGCAAUGCUGUCAACUCUACCAUAGUUCCCCCUUCACCUCCUACACCAACGUAUAAUUCUAGUAGAUCGAAGCGGGUUAACUUUGAUAUUUCGACGACAUAA